AUGGCCGACGAUCAAGUACCAGUCCACUACGAGGAUCUCGCUCUUCUCGAGACCAAGUUUGACGAGGUCGACCGCCAGAUUUUGGCCAAGCAGUAUAUCCUCAGCGCUCCUCUCUACGCCAAGCGUCAAGACAUCAUCUCCAAGAUUGACAACUUCUGGCCUCUCGUCUUCGAGCAGUCUCCUCCGGACCUCGACCGAUACAUCACCCCCAACGAUGCCAACAUCUUCGCCAAGCUGAAGAGCCUCGAUGUCACCCGCUUCGAGAUCCCUAUGGGUCCCGAAAAUAUUGAUGCCGACUCUGGUGACCCGCGCAGCAUCGCCAUCCGUUUCGAGUUUGACCAAAACGACUACUUCACCAACUCCGUCCUCGAGAAGAAGUUUUGGUACAGAAGAUCAAAGGACGGCUGGACCGGCCUCGUUUCCGAGCCCGUCAAGAUCGAUUGGAAAGCCAAGGACCCUACUGAGGGUCUCCUCGCUGCUUCCAUUGCUGUCUUCGAGGCACGCAAGAAGGCUGGCGAUAUGAAGAAGAAGGGCUUCGCUGCUCACAACAAGCUUCUUGAGCUGAUCGAGACAAACAAUGUUGAUAACACCUCAUUCUUUUCCUGGUUCGGCUUCAUCUCUGCAGACCGCUAUAGAGUUGAGAGCCCUGAGCCGGAUGAGGAAGACAUGCUUGAAAUGGUCGAGAGCGACGAUGUUCACCCAGAAGGCGAAGAGCUCGCCCAGCUUAUCGCAGAAGACGUCUGGCCCAACGCCAUCAAGUACUUCACCCAAGCACAAGAGAUGGAAGACAUGUCCGAGAUGGACUUCGAGGAUCUCUCUGACGACGAUGACGACAACGAGCCAAUCGACCUGAGAGCGCUCGUUGGUAAGGGCAAGCCCAAGACCAAGCCCUCCAGCAAUGGCGGCGGUGAGCCCCCAAAGAAGAAGCAGAAGAAAUAG